UCCGCCCUCUCGCUCCCGGAAGUAGAAGGGCCUGGCGUUUUCAUGGCGGCGUCCUGGGGGCAGGUGCUUGCUCUGGUGCUGGUGGCCGCACUGUGGGGUGGCACGCAGCCGCUGCUGAAGCGAGCCUCCUCCGGCCUGGAGCAAGUGCGUGAGCGGACGUGGGCCUGGCAGCUGUUGCAGGAGAUAAAGGCUCUCUUCGGGAAUACUGAGGUGCGUCUAGCUCUCACGGACGAGCCCCUGAAAAUUUCACCAUAGGUCGGCCGUAUUCCCAGCCCAUCUCUUACUCACUAGAAGUUCCUGGAAGAGUCAUUUAUCCUCUGGUUUCUCUGUGUAUCCCUGGCUACCCUGAACUCACUAGCCUCGAAUUCAGAGAUCAGCCUGCAUCUGACUCCUGAGUGCUGGGAUUAAAGGCGCCACCACUGCCAGGCUCCAGGACUACUCUUAAGGUCAUCAUCACCAAGUUGAGCUUUCUUUCGGCUCAACUUGCCCUGGGGUAGAACAUAAGGAAAGCUAUCGAGAACUGCCCAUGGCUGCCUAUGGGUCUUCAAACACAUGAGCGGUCCCUGAGCAUUUGUAACCAUGCCAACCCCCGUGGGAAGGUGCAAGCCAGAACAGGGACUCUCGAACUGGUACCUGAUGCCCUUUCUCCUCAAUCAGAGUGGAUCCCUUCUCUACUACUUGACUUUGGCAUCAACAGAUCUGACGUUAGCUGUGCCCAUCUGCAACUCUCUGGCCAUCGUCUUUACACUGAUUGUUGGGAAGGUCCUUGGAGAAGAUAUUGGUGGGAAAGAAGCAGUGGCUGGCAUGGUGCUCACCAUCACAGGGAUCACCGUGUGCAUCACAAGCUCGGUGAGCAAGACCCAGGGCCAACCGUCGCACUCCUGAGUGGGCCAACCCCGACCGUCAGCUCUGCUGUGCUCGGUGGAUGCUGGGCCCAAGGUGUAGGCAGAAUGAUUGGCCAGCUGGCCUCUCUCAUCUCUCAGAUCAUGUCUAUCUCAGGGGCCACAAUAAGAAACAUACUCUCCAUAGUGCCAAGGCUACACAGAAACCCUGCCUCAAAAAAACAAGCAAAGCCGGGCGUGGUGGCGCACGCCUUUAAUCCCAGCACUUGGGAGGCAGAGGCAGGCGGAUUUCUGAGUUCCAGGCCAGCCUGGUCUACAGAGUGAGUCCAGGACAGCCAGGGCUAUACAGAGAACCCUGUCUCGAAAAACCAAAAAAAAAAAAAAACCCAAAACAAACAAACAAGACGAAGGGCAGCACUGGGAAGGUUUUGUAACCUUUAGUGGGUUCCACGGUUGAGAUUUAGCACUGGAGCCAGGCAUGGUGGUAUACUCCAUUAAUCACUCAGGAGGCAGAGGCAGGUGGAUCUCUGUGAGUUUGAGGUCAGCCUGGUCUACAAAGCAAGUUCCAGGACAGCCAGGGCUACACAGAGAAACCCUGUCUUGGAAAACCAAAAAGAAGAAAAGCAUUAAAAGGAUUUAGCACUGGAGACUGUACAGCCACCCUCAGCUGCCAUCUUUGUCUUCCUGCUGCCACCUCAGGCAGCUGUUACUCAGCCUCCGUUACCUGCUGUAGACUGUCAGCAUCCUCACACAGCGCCUCCAUUACAUGGAAAGGGCUGGCUGCAGUCUCAACCAGGAAUGGCCAGAAGCCUCCACAGCUCCAUUACAGUGCUUUGGCUGGCUGAAGGUGGGAUUUGGGGACAGAAGUUACAUCAGAAUGUCAGAUGGAAGAAAAACAAGCUGGCCCUGGGCAAAAUGCUCAACUGUCAGCCCCGCAAGUAGACAGCUGUGUGCCGGACACCACCUAGCUGCAGCAAACAUCUGGCCAGCAGCAGCUUUCAAUAAAUCUACAGCAAACAAAGCUUA